CUGAAGACGCCUUGCAGUUUGUGAUGGGGUCCAAACUCUCUGUGGACGAUUCAGUUCGUGUGGUGAUAGUUGGAGGAGGUUUUGGUGGUAUUGCAGCUGCCAAUCAACUGAAAUCUUGGGGGGUCCCUUUUAUUCUCGUGGACAUGAGAGAUGCUUUCCACCACAACGUUGCUGCACUCCGGGCCUCUGUCAACAGCGGGUUUGCAACAAAAACCUUCAUCUCUUAUUCAGCAACAUUUGGAGACAGUUUCCGGCAAGCCAAAGUUGUUGGCAUUGACUUGGAAAAACAGCGCAUACUGCUGCAUGAUGGUGAAGAACUCUCCUUUUCUCAUCUUAUCCUUGCCACAGGGAGCGAUGGACCUUUCCCUGGGAAAUUUAAUAGUAUUGUUGACAGGCAGUCAGCCAUUCAGGCCUAUGAGAACAUGGUCAAGGAGAUUCAGAAAGCUUCUCGCAUAGUUGUUGUGGGUGGUGGUGCAGCUGGUGUUGAGAUGGCAGCGGAGAUUAAGACGGAGUAUCCUGCCAAAGAGGUCACACUUAUUCAUUCAAAAACUGCACUGGCAGAUGUAGAACUCCUCCCUAGUGUUCGGCAGAAGGUGAAGGAGAUUCUUAUCCAGAAGGGAGUACACAUCUUGUUGAGUGAGAGAGUUCUCAAUCUGGCUAUGCUGACUUUAAACCAAACCAAGGAGAAUAUGACAGUGAAGACUGACAAAGGCACAGAGAUUGCUACUGACAUGGUAAUUCUCUGCACUGGAAUAAAGGUCAAUUCAUCGGCAUACAGCAGUGCAUUCUUUGACAGGCUGGCAAGUGAUAGUGCUUUGAAGGUGAAUGAGCACCUCCAGGUGGAAGGAUAUGAUAACAUCUAUGCCAUUGGUGACUGUGCUCAUGUCAAGGAGCCAAAGAUGGCAUACCAUGCUGGGCUUCAUGCAAAUGUUGUGGUGACCAACAUCAUCAACAGCCUGACACAAAAACCUCUGAAAACCUACAAGCCAGGUUCACUUACCUUCCUGCUUUCAAUGGGAAAGAAUGAUGGAGUGGGUCAAAUUAAUGGCUACUAUGUGGGAUAUUUCAUAGUGACUAUUGUCAAAAGCCAAGAUCUUUUUGUCUCAAAGAGCUGGAAGGAGAUGGGACAAAGAAUGCCUUGCUAAGGUACAAAGGAAGGAGUAC